CUCCUGCCUUCCCGACUCUGCCUGGCCUGACUGAGAAAUCUGCCUCCCUCACCGCCGCCGCCGCCUCCACUUUCCCCCUCCCCACCCCACCCCACCCCGGUCGGAAACCCAAGCUUCCGCUUCUCUCAUGGCCGAGGCCGAGGCCGACGCCACCGCCGCCCUCUCAGCUCGGAGCAAAGUGCAGGCGUUCCUGGAGGCUGCGCGCGCCGGCGACCUCCAGUCUCUCAAGAGCUUAGUCGCGGUGCUCGACGAGGACGGCACGGGCGCCGCCUCCGUCGCCUCCGCCGUGCGCGACGCCAACAAGCGCACUGCUCUCCACUUCGCCGCGCGCGAGGGCCGCGCCGACGUCUGUGAAUUCCUCAUCGGCGAGCUCGGCCUCCCUGUCGACCCAAAGGACGAUGAUGGCGAAACUCCACUCAUCCAUGCUACACGCCAGGGCCAUCUGGACACUGCCAAGUACCUCCUUGACCAUGGAGCUGAUCCUUCGGUGGCCACCAACCUAGGAGCCACAGCGCUACACCAUGCUGCAGGCAUAGGGAAUACGGAGCUCAUGAAGCUUCUCCUCUCCAAGGGAGUUGACGUCGAAUCAGAAAGCGACGCUGGCACUCCCCUUGUGUGGGCUGCUGGUCAUGGCAACUCGGAUGCUGUCAAACUUCUGCUUCAACACAAUGCUAAGCCAAAUACUGAAAACGAUGAUGGUGUCACAGCAUUGCUAUCUGCUGUUGCUGCAGGUUCCCUCCCAUGCUUGGAGGUUCUAAUCAAGGCUGGUGCAAACCCAAAUGUCAAGGCUGGUGGAGCAACCCCUUUGCAUAUUGCUGCAGAUAGUGGAAAUAUAGAAGUCAUCAAAUGUUUGCUUAAAGCUGGAGCUGACCCGAAUAUCUGCGAUGAUGAUGAACUGAAGCCAGUUCAGGUUGCUGCUUGGAGAAAUAACCGGGAAGCUGUGGAACUUCUUUUACCAUUAACAUCCCCAAUUCCAGGUGUUUCAAACUGGAACGUAGAUGGGAUUAUAGAACAGAUGCUACCUAAAGAAUAUGGGGAAAAGUCUCAAUCGAAGGAAGCAGCAUCUCUGAAAUCAGGCCGAACACAAACUGUUGAGGUGUCACCUGAAGCAAAGAAAAGAUCCUUGGAAGCCAAAUCAAGAGGUGAUGAUGCCUUCAGAAGAAAGGACUACCUUGUAGCAGUGGAUGCUUAUACGCAGGCUACAGAGUUGGACCCAACUGAUGCAACAGUGCUCUCAAACAGGAGCCUCUGCUGGCUGCGAGCAGGGCAAGCUGAACGUGCUCUGGAAGAUGCGAAAGCAUGCCGGGCAUUAAGACCAGAUUGGGCGAAAGCUUGCUACAGGGAAGGUGCAGCCCAUCGUCUGUUACAGAGGUUUGAGGACGCCGCAAAUGCCUUUUAUGAGGGGGUGCAGCUGGAUCCAGAGAACAAAGAGCUUGUCAGCGCAUUCAGGGAGGCCAUCGAAGCUGGGAGAAAGUUCCAUGGCGUGGACACGCCAAGCUCAACACAAUGAGACGAGGAUUAUGUGGUGGGGACUGAAGCUGUGCUGUUUGAUGGGAAGAUAGAUAUGAUAAGGUGGAGGUAGUCUAGUUGGAUGGACAUUAUUAUUAAUAUUUUAGUUGGAAUCCGUUGAGAUGAGGAAUGAUGAUAGUGCAACUCAAGUUCGAUGAGAUGUGAUCAUGAAAUUGGGAAGAGCGAAUUUUGCCAAUUUUUGUGUUUCGUGAUUGUUUUGAGAGUAAAGUGCAUGGAUGGAUCUUAAACUUGUUCUCUCGUGUUAUCCUGGUUUAAAUUGCAUUUUAA